GCGGGAAUGUAUUUGGAGCAUUAUCUGGACAGUAAGGCCUUGCGAGUGUAUUUAGCUGUGCGCGGGAGGCGCGUGUCGGUAGCUGCAGGGAGGAGAGCGGCCAGUGGUUGGGGGUGUGUGUGUUUGAACAAGUCGGUAUAGAGAACUUACCCUUCGAACUGCAGAGGAACUUUCAGCUGAUGAGAGAUCUGGACCAGAGAACAGAAGGUCAGUACCUGAACUGCUGGUUCACCUUUAAGUUCAAUUUUAACCUGAAAUGUCACAUCGACCGCUUGUCCUGCCAGUACAUGAGCAACGCUCGCUCCAUGAAUUCCGAGGAGAAGCUGCAGCUUCUGAGACAAGUGCAAGAGGCUUAUGGCAAAUGCAAGGAAUAUGGUGAUGACAAAGUACAACUGGCUAUGCAGACGUAUGAGAUGGUAGACAAGCACAUCAGAAGGCUGGAUACAGACCUUGCACGUUUUGAAGCUGAUCUGAAGGAGAAACACAUUGAAUCAAGUGACUAUGACAGUUGCUCCAGCAAAGGCAAAAAGAAAGGCAGAGGACAGAAGGAAAAGAAAGCUGCAAAGGUUAAGUCCAAAGUCAAGAACUCUGAUGAUGAGGCGGCGAAGAUCACUCAGAAGAAAAUCAAACUUGUACAGACGGCCGAGUAUGGGGCCCCGGCGGGAAAUUUUGGGAAGGUGCACCCAUCAGAUGUUCUGGACAUGCCUGUUGACCCCAAUGAGCCCACCUACUGCCUGUGUCACCAGGUCUCCUAUGGUGAGAUGAUCGGCUGUGACAAUCCAGACUGCUCCAUUGAAUGGUUUCACUUUGCUUGCGUUGGACUUGCCACAAAACCUCGUGGGAAAUGGUUUUGCCCACGUUGUUCCCAGGAGCGGAAGAAGAAAUAGGACUUGGCGCGCGGGUUCCUUUUGGGGUACGGCACGGAAUACUUGGGUGGGUGUGCUCCUGUCAUCCUCUGCCGUGUCUUCUAGGCCAGGAGUACUGUGUCUUCCAAGCAAAGCUCAUUGCAGCUUAUGUUACUGACAGUAUUAGGAGCCCCCCCCCUCCCACCCACUGCCUCUUGGCUGCCCUCUCAUUGUCCAUGGCAGGAACCCUGUGUUAAUGUCAGACCACACAGCUAUUUAACUGCCUGCAGUUUAUUUCAUACAGUGGGGCAUCUGUUACAAGUUUCCCCAAUCACAUCUCUUUUUUUUUUUAAUAUUUUUUUUUUUUUACCAUCUACUUCUCACUACAAAAGGUAUGGGGAAUCCUCUAGAUGGUGCAGGGCACUGCAGUUCAGCAACAUUUGGAGUGCGACCAAUUACCCAUCUGUGCACUACAUUUAUGUUGUCAUUUCUUUUAUUUGCCACUUUUGCUGAAUAUAGUCACUCUAUUAAAUUGCCCCACUGUGCCAAACCCCUCGCCAAACCCCUGUUAUACGCCGGCUCCUUCAUACAGCUGCCUUAUUUUAUCAUAUUAUACCUACCAAAUAUGCAACAUUUAUUACAAGAUCAUGAGUAUAUAUGUUCUCUAAAGCAGGGGUCCCCAACCGCCAGGCCGCGGACAGUCUUGAACUGGGCCGCUGAGCCUUGGGGACAAUUAAUAGGGUGCACCGUAUUGGACGCCAGCGCUCCAGCAUAGGACGCCAGCGCUCCAGUAUAGGACGCUGACCUCUCCCGACCUCCUCCCCCGGCCUUGAUAAAAAAUUUGGCUCUACACCGGUCCCCAGGUCAAAAAAGGUUGGGGACCACUGAUCUAAAGCAGGGGUCCCCAACCGCCGGGCCGUGGCCCAGUACCGUGCCGCGUACAGUCUUGAACUGGGCGGCCGAGCCUAUGGGACAAUUAACGCAGUGCACCGUAUUGGAUGCCGGCACUCCAGAAUAGGAUGCCGACCCACUCCCCCAGUCCUUGCAAAAAAGUUUGGCUCUAUGCAUGUCCCCGGGCCAAAAAAAGUUUGGUGACCGCUGAUCUAAAGUCUCACAAACACAGCAGCUAACAGAACUGAUAACAAAUCUGCUCAGCUAAAUCAAAAAAAAAACACAUUAUUUCAGCUUUAGACAUCUAAAGUGCAGAAAUAACUGGUAUGUCCAUACACAUUCCAAUAACUGCAAAUCUAUCGAUGUUAGUGAUUGCCUCCACUAGAGCAUGACUGUCCAUUUCAAGGUAUGGUGAUGAUGAUGAUGGUCAUACAAAGAUGUUUAUGGAGAACAGACUGGGAUCCACAGUUGGACAGCCCUGAAUGGAGAAGGAAAGCUACGGAGGCAUUUUAUUGCCAAUAGAUUAGCUGCAAUAGUGCAAGCUAGAAUGCUAUAUUUAUUCUGUAGAAUACUUCACCAUACCUGAGUAAACAGCUCUAGAAGCUCUCUGUUUGUUUAGGAAAGCAGCUGCCAUAUUAGCUUGUUGUGACAUCACUUCCUGCCUGAGUCUCUCCCUGCUCACUCAUAGCUCUGGGCUCACUCCACAUACAUGUGCUAACGCCCCACAGCAGCAUGUCAGGGUAGAGCAGUCAUUCACACGUAUGCAGCUAUUACUACUCUAUAAAGAAUGAAUGCGCUUCUGGAGAUACUUGUUAACCUCUCAGUAAUUGGAUGCAUUAAUUACAGUAUAUGGUGCUUUUUUGUGGCCAGUGCUGUUCUGAGUUCUGUGUCCAGCCUAAGAUUGGAUAAACCUGAGCUAUAAAUGCUCUUUGUGUUUCAGAUUUAUGAAAUAAGUCCCUUCAUACUUUAUUUUCCCUGGAUAUUUGCUUUGUAAUUGUCCACCCUCAACAUCUUCUAUAGGAUUAUUUCCCAUUUCUCCUUAGAAUGUGCUUCAUUCUCACAGUUCCUCUUCACUUUGUAGCCCUAGUAAUGACAAUUCUCUUUGUAUGUUCCUCCAAUAUCUGUUGGUUUCAGUUUUACACCUUAUUUUAGCUUUUCUUAAAUGCCCAGAACUGAACUAAAGCUCUUCCUUGGUUAGAGGCAUUUCCUUGUACCUCCAUCUACAGACCCUCCAGAUAUAUG